UUCGUUCCUUCCUUGAUCGUACGUCCUUCCGUCGUUGGAAUCGUGCUUCUACGGAGCUGACGAUUUUCCGUGUCAAACGUUUUGUUCCCCGCGAGCUUUUGUCCUCCACCGAACGUUUUUUUUUUUCAUGCGAACGAUUCUUCACGCUCCGCCGGAAUUUGAAGCGUGUUAAAUAUUAUUUAAAAGCUUACCACCAGUUAAGCACGAACAUGGAAAACAAAUUGUGAAAUAAAUAUUUGAGAGUUAUCGCGAGCGAGACGUCCAGUUUCUUCAACGAAUCGAUUAAACUACGUCGAAAUACACCGAUACGACGAAAUCAGUGAUAUUUUUAUUCAAUGCGAAGUGUGAGAUACGACAUGAAAAGUGAACCAACAACGGAUGGAAAUUGGAACUUUAACACUGAACAAAAAGAAUCUACUGGUCAAGCUGAAACUGAAAGUUCUCAUCAAGUAACGAAGAAAAUCCUAACCUCAAAAGAAUCAUAAUCAUAGAAAGAGGAAAAUGCUGCAAUCGUUUUGAUAAAUAGUUUUCAUCGAAAUCCGAGGUUAAUCCGAGCAACAAUGAUGAUUGGGUAUAUCCUGACGAAUCACAAUUUUCGUAUCGGUGAAUAAUAGUAAUCAGUGUCUCUAAAAUGAGCCGAGAUUUGUUUUCCAUCGGCUAGACGUUCUCACGAGGACAUAUGAGAGUGUAAUCGAUCCGAUAUCUAUUUCCCCUUGAAGUUCAAACACACACGCACGCGCGCACGUGUAUAAACUCGUACACACGUACAGAACUACGUGUAACGGAUAUAAAUGUGUGCUGUGGAAAAAAAUGAUCGAUCGAAAACGUGUCUCUGGGCUAGAGUGAUAAUGACACCGGCCGGGCGGAGCAUUGACCGUGAAUAAAAAAAGUCGAUAGAGGCCUCAGCUGGGCCCGUGUCUACGGGAGAAACCAGCGGAGUUGCCCUCGCAAGAACACCUAUUAUAUGAGCAAUUACACGUUCGAAGUGAGAAGUGCGCGAAUUUAUAUAAAAAGGAGAGGGAGUGCUGAAUUUCAGUUAGUCUCAUUAUCUUGGAGUGAAGGGAUAAAAGCGAAAGCUCGAAUAGGACAUUUAUUUGACAUUCGUACAACUGGUGCGAUCGAAUAAAUAUUUCAUGCAUCAAAACGUUGGAAACAAAUUGAGAAAAUCGACGAUUGAUCGAAGAUUAAUCAUUUUAUUCCAUGUCUGUAGUUCUUUUCCUAAAAAUUAUACUAAUCCAAAGUGUCGUUAAGCAUUGGAAGGAUAUUGAAGAAAGUGAAAAUGUUGUGCCUGAAGAAACGCCGAACCUACAGCUUCACGCAGGGCGCGUGCAAAGAUUUACCGAGGAGAUCGAACAAGCAGAAAAAUGACUACAACGAGGCCUUGAACAUGGCUGUUACAACACUUCCGCGAAAGCACCGAAGCCGGGAGGAGCGAAGCUCCGGCGCUAUGGUUCUCACAGUAACGGAAGAUACGCCAGCGGACAUGCUCGCCGGAAGUAUGGAACUUCUGGUGCAGCUACCCAGGGAUCACAAUGUUCAUACGCAAAGGGUCACCGUGCCACGAAGUACUCCGAUGAUGGAUCUUCUCGUGCAAAUCGCAACGGCCCACAAAUUGUCGGCCUCGAGUUACACACUACAAGCGAUCGGUGAGCGAGGUCUCGUUCUACCUCAUCAACCGAACACUCCGAUUGGAGCGCUGGAUGCUCUUCAGGUAAAGUUACUACCGAAGCAGGGAACCUUCGUACCGAAGAAAGUUAAACAGGCUAAUCAACCUUUCGAAACGACCUUCAGGUUGCAGGUACUACUGCCGAGAAAUCAACUGUACGUCUCGAGGGUCAGCCCAAAAAUGAACCUCGGCAAGAUUCUAGAGGAAGUGUGUCGAGAAAAGAAUCUUGACAAGAACAAAUACGAGUUACGUCAUCCAGCGAAUCUCGAGGAAACCCUGGACCUUUCGUUGUCCCUGCAGGAUUAUCAUCUGCAGGAAGUGACGCUGUACGCGAAGCAAGGAAGAACCUUAGGAGCGGCGUUAAGUUCGCAAGACAUAAUGGCGCUCCAAAGGCAAGAAGAAAGAAGGAGGCAACAAGCGAAGCAGAGCGUGUUUGGUUUUAUAUUCAGAAAAUCAAAAGAAAGCUCAUUGAGCAUCGACAGUCUUGGAGGGCGAAGCGUUUCACCGGCAAGGAGCGACGAAACCGGAAGAAGCGUUAGCCCACUGGCGCCACCUUCGAGGCCGCUGAGAAAGCGACGUCCUGCUCCUAAGCCUCCUGUACGAACAUCCAUCUCCGGGGGCGAAAACGACGACGAGUCUAAAGAGAAACUCGUCAUAAGUCACAGUCGCAAUAGCAGCGACAGUUCCGGCUAUCACGAAGCUUCCGUUCUCAGUGACAAUCCUGAAUCGAAUGCUCGCAUGCCUGAAACUCUACCCAGACGCAGUAAACCACCUUGCAAACUGGAAACGUCGAGAAAACUCGCACAAACGUCACAAGCGAGCAAAAGUCUUGGCAAUCUUGCUGUUGCUUCCGGCGGACUCAGUCAUGGCAUUAGCAGCACUUCGAUCAGUUCUACUGGUGUGAGAAAAAAACGUGCUGCUCCACCACCACCAAUCGCGAGGCCACUAUCAUCAGCAAUAUCAACACAGGCUCUCGAGCGGAUCGUCGACUCGGAGGAGUCUUUGACUUCCGACAUCGACAUAUCAAAAUCGCCAUCGGAUAUUGCGGCAUCGUCAAAGGCAAACUCGGACAUUGGAGUCAGUUCCAAAGCGAACUCUGACAUCGGUGUUCAUUCGUUGGGUUCUAAGCAAUCGUCGGAAAUCGGUUACAAAAUCGAUGCAGAAUUUCGUGCCGCACUGGCCGAUCACGAAGACAUCGCAAUCGAAAUAAAACCUGAAGCUACGAUUCCACAAAUCUCAACUAGGCUAAAACCUUCUUUGGACCUACGAGCUAAUAUCAAUCAGCCAGAAAGCGGCAUUGUGCCUUCGCUAGAAAAAUCUGAGACUGUAGAAAUCCCUAGAACAGUCAAAAGAGAGACGAAAGCUUUGGUUCCGACUCCAAAACCCCGUAAUGUCGUUAAAGCUUCCGAAGUAUCGCUCCUCCCAGCACCAAGAAACAUAUCUCACGAGGGCAUUGCGAUUGAUUCGAUGAGCAACGAUGCGGUCGUGAUUUCGGAGCAAACGAAAAAGAUGGUUGACAACGAAACGAGUGAAAAUAUUAGGCUCGAAGAAACGACGAAAUCUUUGAUUGAUUCAGCUGAAAAAUACAGAAAAAACGAAUGGAACAGCGCCAUGCACAGUGAAAAUAAUUUGAAAAAGGGCGUUCUCAAACACGUGAAGAGUCUGGACGACAUUUGUGCCCUGUCGAGAGAAUUCCCGGAUAAUGUUUCUGAGGAGGAACUUUGUUCAUCAUCGUUGAAUUCAUCUUGUGCCAUAAUAUCAACAAUUCCUAAAUGCUCUCAUUUGGCAGAGAACGUCGAAAGCAAUGUUGAGGUCGACGAUAAAAAAAACAGCGCCCCGAUCAUGAAAACAGAUGAUGAAGUAGAAAAAAAUCCUGAUAUCGCAAAAACAAAACACCCAGUGACGAAAAAACGCAAAGUUUUUAGGAGCCAAUCAGCACUCGAUGAUUUUGAAAUGAAUCAAUUUGAGAGACCCGUGAGACAUUUGUCUUCGCACACUGAAGAUUUCAAUUGCGCUCUAAAUCCUAAUGUAUCACGAAGCAUUGUUAAUCUCGAGAGCAAUGAAAACAAUCAUAAAAAUGAGCGAAUUCACGUUGACGAUGACGCUUCACUGUUUCGAAGUCACCUUGAUUUUCCACCGUUCAUUUUACAAACCACAAAUCUUCGAUGUCGGGAGGUUCAUACUAAGGUGGUGGAGAUGCAAGAUAACUGGCAACCACAAUUAAUUGGAGAAUCAGCAAGCCCAGAUCGACCAACGGAAACGGAUAUUCUUUUACAAAAAGUUUCGGACACCCUAUCGAAUUCUCUACCCAUUCCAAAGUUACCCCUAUCGCGAGAAGUCCCGGUGCCGAUAACAUCAGAAAAGCUGUCCAACGAUCGUCAUGCAGCAACCGACGAAUCCGAUGGAAUUCGAGAAUCGUUAGAAAUGAAGAAUCGAACGAACGAGGUUAAGCCACCGAUAGGAAUAGAGACGAAAAAUGCCGAAUCAUUUUUGUCAUCGAGAAACAAUUUGACGUGCAGUCCUGAUGCAACAUUAAAUUCGCAACAGGAUACGUCAGAUUACGUUUCAGCGACUGGCGAUGAUUUAUCGAUCACUGAUUGGGAAUAUCAGUUGCCAGCUCCACCAAGCGCAUUCAGAGAUAAUAUAUCUCCAGAUUUCGAUGGAUACGACACGAUCACUUUACGUUCGGUCGAAGCCUUCAAAGAAUCACCUCCGAAUUCUCCGAAAGAGGGAGACAAAAAUCUAAUCAUUGAGUCAUCAACACCACAAUCGAUUACUCCACCGGAUCAAGCCAAAAUUCCCGGAAGUCCUAAAGUGGAUCAAUCAGUAGCCGCGGAAACAUCAUCGGGGCUUCCAAACAAUCUGCAAAUUCCAAGUUUGGCAACCACGAAAGUUUCGAAAUCUCCGCAAAAUCUGCAAGUCCAAAGUUCAACGACCGCAAAAAGUUCAAAAUCUUCGAAGAGUUUAGAAGUUGAACAUUCGACAACAAAAAAUGUGAAUAUCAAAGCUUCGGCGAGCUCGGAAGAGUCUGUGCAACAACAAAAGCCAAAGCUGAGUUCUCAAGUUUCCAUUGAGUCUAGAAACGCCGUCCCUACGACGGAACUAAAAAAGGAAAUAAUCAACGAAUUGUCGACGAAACUUGGUAACGGCUCGUUGCAACAAUCGACUGGUAAAAUUUUGGAAACCGACACUCGUCGAGCAGUAUCCGAAGUUUUUGCUCCGAAAAUUGCUCCAGUCGAUAAUACUCUGUCGAAUUUCACGAUAACCACUUAUUCAAGGAAAAAGAGUUUGGAUAUAUUUGAGAAUGAACCCGUGAAGGAAAACUGUCGUUCACCGCAACUUACUAAUACGACGAACAAAAAUGAAGCGUCCGAUUUUUCGAUCGUAAGCAAAAUAUCUUCUGAAAACGGCAAAGGGAAUUUUGGUUCGAAAACUACGCUGAAUGCCUGUGGAAAUAAUGUUUCUGAGGAAAAAAUGUUUGUUGAUAAAUCAGAAAGCAAAAAUGGAUUGGAAAAAACAGAGGUGGAAUUCAAGCAACUCGAGACUAAAAUCCAUUCUACUCCACACGAUUCUCUACUCAGGAAUGCAUCGUUUAAUAGAGCAGCUGAAAAAAUCACAACCGUUCACAGAUCGAAGAGUUAUAUUACUCUUGCAAAUAAUUCGAAAUAUCGCGAAGACGUGAAUUUUGAGAGAGACGACGGAGGCAAACAAAUGGAGCAAGUCGAUGGUCGCAUAAUCAAAUCAACGAGUGUGACGAAUUUGCAUUACGAGACCCCAAGAAACAAUGAAAAGUUCUCGCAGUGGAGGGAAAACAUUCUAAAAAAGCAGGAAGAACCGUCCAAGGAAAAACAACUGCAAUCGCUCGAGAUUUUGAAAAACAUUUUACCGCGGUUGAAGACUAAUCAACAGACGGAGGAAAAUGUUUCGGAUCCGUCGAACGAUCAAGAAAGUUCAAGUCACAUAGGCUCCAAAGCUCUCCCGGAAGUCGGAUCGAUAGAGUCAUUCUCGAGUGUUUCGGAGCUGAGAGCAGAAAGCGAAGAACCGAAACCGCAAACGCUAACGGAAGAGGCGACAACGAAGCGGUACAAAUACACGGGGCCACCGGCAAUAAGUCUGGGAAGUUGGUCAGAAAGGCCGCGUGUCAAUGUCCAAUUGAAAAUGGACACGGACUAUAAAUUCACAACGAGUGACAACACAUCUGGAGGAAAAACUCGUGUGAAUUUGAACGGUACGAGUAACGAGAAAAGUGAGCAAAAGUUAAACACGUUGCCGAGAAAUUUUGCUAACAAUGUAACAAUAAAUCGAGCAAUCGGUCACGAUGAGAGCCUUGCGAGACAAAAAUCGGAGGAACAACUGUCCAAAAAGUUAAUAAGUCAUACAACAGCAGCGGGUUACAAAAAACCAAUUUCGAGUCGCAUCGUUUUUUCGGAAACGAAGAAAACUUCCGAGGACAGGGAAGAUCAAGGAGGACGCCUUAUGAUGAGCGCAGCUUUGAAAAAAAUCACUAACAAAAAAUCAGAACCAGAAAAGCGCGAGCUCGAAGAUGACGUUAGAAUCGAUACGAAACCCGUCAAUUUUCGAGAAUUGUCGAAAACUUUUGGCGAAGAAGUUUGCUUGCGUGCGAAACCAAAACGUCUUGUUCAAAAUAGACACUCUGAUUAUUAUGGUACGAAACCAGAUAUCGUCCAAAAUUUACCAAUCAACGGACAAAACAGCGUUUGGGAAGCGGCGAAUAAAAAUGCCUUGAAACAUGCCGAUUCGACGAAAAAUCAUGUAGGAAACGGUGGCACCUUAGCUACGAACCAAGGAACUCUGAGAAGAUAUACGUCAGUCGUGGGUAUUCAGUCGCAAAAUAAUAAUCGGGGAACAGAGGGUUUUGAAACAGUCCCGAAGAAUUAUGUUACGAGCACGAAAAUUAAUGGUUUAAUGCCUGUUGUAAAAGGCUUCAAAAUCUCAACUAACGAGCCCAAAAUUGUAAAUUCCCCGCCUGGAGAAAAUGGAGUUUUGAACAAGGAUUCAACGAAGAACAUAUCCAACGUACCGCCUCCUCCAACAAUGCCUGUUAUCACAGGUGUAACGCUCAAGAACUCUUCGUCCAGACCAAAAUCUGUCCCGAUUUGCAACGUCGAUCCGAGAGAUCAAUUGUUAGAGUCAAUUCGAAAUUUUGGCGGGCGAGACAGACUCAAAAGCCUCAAUUCUUAGAGAGCCAUCGAUUUUUGAGACAUCAGUUUUCUUUUUACAAAAUGUCAAAAAGGCAAUUGGAAACAUUGGUCGAUUAGAAAUUAUAUUUUUUGCCACAAAAUUUUGCUUCUCGAAACAAGUCAAAAAUGUUUAGUUUAACACAUCUACUCGAUCAAUGUCUUUUGAGAAAUGAAAAUUAACAGUAUUUUGUGGUUUUGUAGUUCGGAGGAAUGAAGAGAUGCGUUAUUUCAAGGAUCGUCUGAAUAGUUUGUCUCUCGGUGAGGACACUAUUUUUUCAUCUCCGUUUGUAAAAAGUGUACACAAAGUAUAACGUGUCCUUGGCGGAAGAACUUGUUUUUAUUAAUCGUUAAGGUACUUUCUAAUGUACAUAAAUUGGCGUUUAGUUCUAUAAUAGUUAUUGUCCUUGAAGGAAGCAUUAGUCAGCUGUAUUAUUUUAUGAUUUAUUGAUAGUUUCUUUCAAAAGGGUGCAAUAAGCCUAAACGAGUUUAAAUUAUAAUCUAAACUGAUUAGCUUUCGCGAUGUAAUUGAAAAAAAAAAAUGGAAAGAAAAAAGUGACUUUGUAGAAACUUUUUCUUACCAUCGAUGAGGGAAAGUGUAAUUAUCGUUUUUCAUUAUAUUUUGGACUCUAUCGAGGUGACGUGUGAUCCCCGAAAGAAACUUCCUGGGUGCUCCAAAAGUAUGUAUAUUUUCGACGGUUUGCGAAGCGCUACGCGCUCUACUAUCGCAGAAUAGUUGUCACUAUUUUAAUUCUACUUGUUUGAUAUGUUUGAUAGCAAGUCAGUUGCAUCACUCAUGAUUAAAAAGUGUGAAAUUUGAAAACGCGCGUACAUAUUUUUACGAUAUCGAAUGCAAUAUCGGUUUAUCGAUUGACGAUCUAUUUAUUUUUUUCUGUCUUUUUCAUUUCUUGUCUAAAUAUUUCGAACAAAAUCCUCCAGUAUUUAUGCCAAACUCUAAAUACGCGUUUCACUCAAAACACGAAGAUUAUUGAGCUGCGAUUGUCAAUCGAAUAUUGUAAAAAUAUUUCGUAAAUAACGAAACGAUAAUUCUUUACGAUUUUAUCUCGAAUCACACUUUGCCAUAUUGGAUCGACAUAAUCAUAAAAUUAUCGAAAUCCAACGAUGGUUAUAGAAUAUGGAAGUAAAAAAAUUAUUGAAUUCGUGGUGAGAGUCUACUUAGUCAUGGUUGAGUCACUUACUCCAAAAAAAAAAACAAAAUUCUCGUUAUUGGAAUGUAUAUAAUGAUGGACCUGUGAAGUUAUUAUUUUUUUUCUCGUAUUUCUUUCAUUGGUUUUGAGUACGAAAACGUCGUGCGCUAUCGUGCAUCGGUGUAAAAAAGAACCACUUCUAUCAAAUUGUUUACAUUUUAUUAUUCUGUAAGUCAUGUUGAACUUUGCUCAUUUGCGUGCAGGAGUUAGAAUGUAAGCCCUUAUUUAAGAUUUUUUUCUUUUUAAUGCUCGCGAAGACCGUUCUACGAAGCUAGCUUUGGUCACAUUUGUCAUUGAUAAGAAAAAAAAAGAAAUAAAUUUAAAAAACAUACCAAAGUUGGUUGCGAACGAAUGGAUGCACUAUUUAAAACUCAGAAAUUAUUCAAAUAAAACUAUAAGCAAAACGAAACACAAGAAGUAAUAACGACUAACGCGUGCUAAUUAUCGCAAAAUAUAAAACUUUUUUUAAGUUUCUAUCAACGGGACCAAAGGUACACACAUAUACAUAUGCUCUUUUUAUUUUAUACACGUAUAUUGUGCAGGCAAAUAGAAACAAAGCAGCGAUGGGUUGAAGCAAAGCUGAUCAAUCGAAUCGUUUAAAAAAUUGAUAAGUCGCGGUGAAACUCGUUUGAUGAUUCAUGUUUCACCCUUAUUGUGCCUUAUGAAAAAUUAUACGUUGUAAAAUGGUUUCGUAUUACAAUUGUAUUACAAAAAAAAAUGAUCACGAACGAAAAAGAAAAAGCUGGCAUUAAAUGUAACAUUGCCGUUCCAAGCACGAUCCAUCCUCAAUUAUUUAUUACUCCCACAAAAUUAGGUAAUGGUACGUUGCAUUCGGGGUUUCUUUCAUACGUGACGGAACUUUAUUGUAUAUAAGCACGUAUGUCAGUAAUGUAUUUAAUAUCUAUAACACAAGCGAGUCCUGUUACGAACGCAGCUGUAAUCUAUUUAAAUAUGUUAUAACAGUUAUGUAUUAAAGCUAAUAAAAACAAAAAAAAA